AUUCUUGUAAGAGCAUAUCUCUGUUUGUAUUACUUAUCCAGUCUCUACCAUAGACUCUUCCCACAAUGACUCUCGUCCAUAUCGUCCUCUUUAGGUUCCGUCCCGAAGUAACCGAGGAGCACAAGCAACGCUUCGUGACAGAACUCAAAAAGCUCAAGAACCUACCCUGUGUGAAAUUCGGACGCCUCCUCGUGGGCGGUCCCAGUGUGACCGACCCCAUAGACCGCAGCAAGGGAUUCCAGAUCGCUCUAGUAAGCUACCAUGAGAACCUGGCUGCACUAGCAGAAUACCAGGCUAGUAAGGAGCAUCAUGAUGUAACAUCGAAAUAUAUGUUUCCGUACAAGGAGGACCUGGUGAGAUUUGACUUUGAGGUUGACGAGGAGGAUGAGUAUAUGUCGUUGAGAAAGCAAGAGAUAUUUCUUCACCGGUCAGCUUGCAUCGUGAUAGAGCCUCUGUUAUCCCAAACCAGUCCUUUUGGUCCCCACUCGGAUGGCCAUAUGCCAACAUGGACUCACCGCGUCGAAAUCGGAAUAGAGCGGCGUCCAGAUCAUCCGCUCGUUGAAUUGCGCUCACGGUGUCCCGCUUUGCAGUGUGAUGGGAAUGAGCCAUCAUGUAGCUCCUGCUUGAAGGCAGGGGUAUCAUGUGUGAAUGAUGGAAAACAGGAGGUCACGCGGAGAUAUAUUUCGAACAUGGAAAAUCGGAUCCGAUGGCUCGAGUCGAUUGUCAAGGAAAACUGCGCGAAUGUGGAUCUAGGACUUGAACCUCGCAAUAACCACGAGGAUGAUCCGACCACUAAUGUGCACCAAUCCUCUCGGGAGUUUAGAAGAGAGGCCCAAGCCGUUUCAUGCAAUGAAGAGAAUACCUUCAAUUCACUGUCGGAACAGCAUCCACAACAUCAUGUGCCGGGAAACAAUUCUGGGCAUCAACCGGCGCAUGAGAUUGGACUGGUGUCGUUGUCCUCUGGUGAAGGUCCUCGAUACAUUGGGCCAUCCAGCGGGUACUUCUUUGCGAACCGUAUAUUCUCCAGCGCUGGGCGGCGAUCUAAAGCCAGAGGCGUCAAAAAGGCCACGGCGGAGUCAACUAGCCUUUCAAGUGAACUACUGAGUAACCUUACCCUGCUGCCAACUCGAAAAAAAAGCGCCAUGGAACUGUCAAGGAAGUACUUCCGAACGGUACAUCUAAUCUACCCGUUCCUGCAUGAGCCGACCCACAUGUCUGUGAUUGAGCGGGUAUAUGCAUCCCACAACGAGAACCCCUUGGACUUGUUUCAGGUUUACAUGGUGCUAUCCAUCUCAGCCCUGUAUUUGUCUCGUGAAUGUAAGGUGCAUCUUCCCGUUGAGGGAUACUAUGCGUCAGCCAUGAAGUAUGUUGAGCAGGUCUGUUCAUAUGACUCGGUUACUGCUCUGCAAUGCAUGCUACUUCUUAUGGUUUAUGCGUUGCAUAACCCCUCUACUAAUGUCAACAUAUGGAACCUGAACUACCAGUGUCUCGCUAGUGUGAUAGACUUAGGGUUACAACGCGACGUCCGCGCAUCCCCUUCUCUUGGAAUAUCGUUGCUUGAUCAGGAGAUACGGACCCGUAUCUUUUGGGUGGUAUAUACGCUCGAUAGAGCCAUUUGUACCAUGAUGGGGCGUCCAAUAGGUAUCAGAGAUGAGGCUUGUGAGAUGAGAUUUCCGCUGGACAUACCGGACACGGGCCUUGUCAAUCCUGACCCCAAUCGCAAUGAAUCACAAGAGUCACCGUCACACAUGUCGCACUCGAUCCAUCUCUUCAAGUUAGCCAAGAUGAACUCAGAGAUAAAAUAUGUCAUGCACAGCAUUCAACGUGACGUACCGAGGUAUGCCUAUCCCCCGGUGCGGGAUAUCUUUACGUGGCAGCGUUAUAUGAUAAAAACACUCAAAGACUGGAAAUCGACAAUCCCGCAAGAAGUAACUAGUGGAGGAGACGUGAUGGCCAAACUCUGUAAGACCAGAUAUCACGAAACAAUGGUAUUGCUACUGCGACCAAGCCCUGCAAUUCCAAGCCCAUCGGAAGAGACGCUCGAUCUGUGUUUUCAUCAGGCGGUAGAUCUCCUGCAAACCUUUGGUGACAUAUACAGAACGGGAAGCCUGCUUUACAGCCGACUCCUUGUUCACUCGGUAUUCCUUGGGGCGCUUGUAUUACUCUACUGUAUCUGGAAGCUACCGAGAACUACAACGAAGGUGCGCGUCGAUGAACUCAUGUCGAGUCUCACCAUGGCACAGAAUAUACUUAGUAGCAUCGGGGAGCACUGGAGCGAGGCUACUCGGGCACGGGAUUGCAUUGACGAGCUAUCCCGUGUGACAAUAGAACGGCUUCUGAGAACCCAAUCGACUGCCGAAUUGUACACUGAAACCGACAGAACGCAGUCGCGAGCUGGAGGCAUGCAGAGCUCGUUAUCUGCGCAACACCAUCAAUUGGCAGAAUAUGAUGGCAUUCCCCCGAGGUACCGCAACUCUGAUCAAAUACCCGGAGCCUUAGCUCCUCCUCAAGAAUACCAGCCGGAAGAUACUUCUUACCACUUCAAUCUGUUCGAUGAUCUCCUGCAGGGCGACUUUCAAGGCUGGAGUGGUAUGCCUGACAUCGAUGGGCUGAUGUGGGAGGUCUUCAACAGCUCACCACAGUGA